AUGAUCGACCGUCGACGCUGGAUGCGGAAUCCCCAGUUCGGCCGCCGUAAUCUCGUGUGGGCGCCCAUGCUCGACCACAAUUGGCCCAUGUUUGAAGUGCUGUUUAACACAGUGGGUGAUAGUGAGAACCCACGUGAGACCUUCAUGCUUGCAAGUAAGGACUCCCGUCCGGCCACGUCGUACACGUGUGGGAUCUCCUGA